UUUGCUCCGCUGCUUAAUGGCCUGUACUAAGUCAAUCUAGUUGUCAUUCAGUUCAGAAGCUGCCAACCAUCUCCGGGAGAACCAGGACACCGCUACCUUAGCGAAUAUUCUAGGUAAGGAAGAGAGAUAUAUAUAAACGUUUGGGAUGCGAAGCCGGAGCCGACAGUCCGAACGAACAACAGCUGAUAAUACUACACAAACAAGUCUGGUCGACUGUCGAAGUCUGUUGGUACCUACGUCGCCCUGGUCAUUUAUCUUCCGGAAAUCUGAAUUUCAGUUGCCAACAAAAAUGUCAGCAACACGCAUAGCUAGACACUUAGGAGGUGUUCGUAGGAUACUACACAUAAAUAAGCAUGCAGGUGGUAAACCUGUAGUAUGCAUCCUGAUGAAGCCAUCUACAAGCCAGGUGCGACACUUUUACCGAGGAGGGUUUGGACGAGAUAGUCCAUUUACACAGAUGGAAGAGUUUAUGAAAGAUAUGGAAAAGAAAUUCAAGAGAGACAUGGACAGUUUGUUCAGAGAUUUGCCUCGUGUUAUCGAGUCUGGGAUGCCCAGGUUGACAGAAGUCAAACCUAGGCCAAGGUUUGGUGAAGUACAAGACAUAUCCACACCUGAAACCUACAAACUAGCUUUCAAUUUCCCCAAUGCAGAUGCUGAAAAUGUGAAGGUGUCUUUAAAAGGCCGCACUUUGACAGUUACUGGUUCUCUGGAAGAAGUGACAGAGACAUCAAGGUCAUCUCGGCAAGUUUCUUUGCAAUACGAUAUUCCUGAGGGUGUUAACUUGGAUGCCCUGGAGUCUUGCAUGUCUCAUGAUGGUGUCCUCACUGUUGAAGCACCACAGGUACUUCCAGAACCUCCAAAUGCUCCCAAAACCAUCAACAUUGAAAGAGAAUAGUUUGUUUCAAUUUGUAACAAUAUUGUAGUUAACAUGUUCUCUUUACUACAGAAGGAUUCUAAGGCUUUUUUUUUUAUACUUUAUAUUCAUUUGUACAAUUUCAACAGGACUGCUUUUCAGUGCUUUACAUUGGACAAAUUUCAAAAAGUCAGAUUACACUAUCUUUGAACAUAUUCCAUCUUUUCAAGUAGCCUUAUCAGCAGUGAUACAAAGAUAUUUUGUUAGUGUUUCCAUGCAUCCUUCUCACUCACAAGUUUUUCUCUAAAGGCAGCUACUAGUAAGAAUUAACAGUAUGUAUGGUCAUUACAUCUGUUCCUCAAAUUUGAGUUCUUUCCAGUCAUUACAAUUGCUGUACCCUACUCCUUUACUUUUAACCAUGAUAUAUUUUGAACUCUUACUUAUAGGGAGGUAAACUUUAAAGCUUAAAAUGUUCAUCAAAAUGAGCAGGGUUGGGUAAUCAUCAUUUGUUUCCAUUGAUUGAACAUACCCAACAGAUGUCAAAGCUCUGUGGAGGGUAAAUAUUGAAUUAACGUUACCAAACUUCUUAGUACCAUUUUUUUUGUCAGAUGAUCAUUGGUAGUUUUAUACCAAUAGAAAUAGCACUGAACAGAAUGCAGUAGCUAACAUAGGCAGAUACAUAUUCAGUACUGUAGAAAUGCAUACUUUUUACAGAUAAACUGUCAAUAAAUUAUUAUUGCCAAAAAAUAUUUGACAACUUUCUUCAGGCAUUUAUUAUGAAUACUUUUGGUGCCUUGGAGUGACUUUAAACACCCUGUUUAGAAUAUUCAUUGGGAUUGAAAAGCUUAAAUCUUCACAUAAUAGAAUGUGUACUUCAGGAGAUUGGUUUCAGUUGAGUUUAGUUAAGUUAUUCUGAGAACUGAUUCAACCUAGACAAAUAUCUGCACAAAGUGAUUUGAUAAAAGUAAAAUACUUGACAGUAUCAGGUUUUGUAAAAAAUCUGCUGUUAGUGGAGUUCCUUUUUACUGGAAUGAAUAGUUUUUGAAGUAUUUUUCUAAGUAUUAUUUUAUAAGACAAAGUUACAUCUUUCCAAUAUGAAAGUAAAUGCUAACAGUCCUGGCCCACUUGUAUCUAAAAGGUUUUAUUGUAUAAAUCCUAAUGGUAUUAUACUUUAUUUUACGCUGAUUAUCGGUUCCACGUUUGCUUUGAAAGGAAGUAGCAUACAAUAAUUGUGUAAGAGAUUAUUUUACUUGUUUCUGAUAUGAACAGAAUAGAUAUAUUCCCAAGGCUAAGAAAAUUGAUCCUCCAUAACUUUUUGUACAAGAAUACAUUAACAUUCUUUCACUUUAUUAUAAAACAAGCUGUUGACCUUUGACUUGUGAUUAAUCCAUAAAAUUAAGUUACAAGUUAUCUAGGCUACAGCAUUUCAGUUCCAGAUAAAAAGGAAAUGCUGUGUUGCAUUCUGUGAGACAAAGCAUUGCAAGUCUGUAGUUGUAAAUUUUAACAACAUUAUGACCAGAUUUCAGAGUUACAAGACUAUGAGUUAAUUUAAGCAGUCAGUAAAUGUUAUUGACGUUUACUGUUCAAUUGUUGACUAAUACUGAUAGGCAGAUAGUGAUAUUUACAAGUACAUUACUCAUCUCCAGUUGAAGAGGCAUAUCUAAUAAAAGACCACAAGGUGAGGUUACAAAAGAAUAUACAAGAUUUAGUAUUGUGAGAUAAAGUAGUUGUGUACUUUAACUUUGUAAAUAAAUGUUAUCCUGUGUCC